GUGCCCGCUGUCCUAAGGAUAUUUGGAUUGUGUGAACAGUAUUUUUUAGAUGUUUUCCAUUCAAAAUUGUUUGAAGUAAAUACAAGUAUAAGGGGGUAGUGUAGUAUGAGAUACAACAACCUGCUUUAUUUAAUGUAUCUAAGACAUUCGCAGUGGAUUUUUUUAUUUGUUGACAUAAAUAUUCAAUCGGCCUGAAAUUAUGUUUAUAGUAAGUACCAUUACGCGUACAAACAGACGACAGAAGCAGUAAAUAUAGAAAAACUCUAACCAUAUUUUCCUUCCUGGUCGUGGAAACGGACGACUUUCAUUAUUCUUAUGCCUAUAUCAGAACUGGUAUUACCAAAACAUAAUAUUACUGUAUGAUAACAUUACAUCUUCGUGCAUUACAUCCGUGUUUUACAUCACAAGUAACUCCAUUUCGUCCGAAAUCAAGAUAUUCCUGACUGAUUUACAUUGUUAUCUUUACAGGUAAAACAUAUUUCAAAAUCGUACAACUAAGCAAAAACGUAGUGGCUUGUGUCAUCAGAUACAUAAAUAUAAAUACAUUUGGCAUGGGUUUCUCUGGAGUGCUACAGCUUGUUGGAUUUGUGACUCCGGGUUGGUACAGGGAUACGUUUAAGUACAAAGAUGAAAGUGUUAUAAGAAAUUUUGGAGUGUGGUAUUUAGUGAAAUGUAAAAGGGAUACAUGUAUUACGGAACAGCAUCUUGAUAGUGAAUAUUACAUGGAAGGUUUUCAUCCAAACAGACCUUUACAAGUACAAUUGACCGUCGCACUGCUGGCUUGCGUGUUUGCUGUCGGUCUUAUUGUGAAGUCAAGAAAAUGUACUGGCCCGACACUGAUGAAACGUCUUGCUGUAACUGCAUACAUUUCUGUAAUAUCAGGUCUUCUGUCCCUUGCCCCAGCGGCAAAUGUUGCAGCAAUCCAUUUCUUUUAUACUGACAGCUACCGACCGUUUUUGUUUCCAUACUCGGCAUUCCUAAUUGGACUAGGUGGAAUUCUCGCUCUGACUGUAUCUCUAAUUUCUCUACAUCAGAUACGUUCGACGCAGACGACAAAUGGACCAUUAUUGCAGUCGUCGUCUGCGGAGAAUCAGGACGACUGCAAUAGCACAUUAUUAUAAACUGAUGACAAGAUAAUUACAUUCAUGUUUAAUGAAAACUUUUGCCUCACUGAUUGAUACAAACAAGAUGCGAAAAUCAAACGAUCUGAUACUAAAAGUGGUGA